UCUAUGGGCAAUCUAUGACUGACAACCUUUGUUACAUUGCGUUUCCUGUGAUGCUCUAACUGUCCUAUGACCUCAUUCCUCUGUCCUCCUAUCAGGGAGCGAGCAGCGGCCAAUAAGCUUGUGAGACGGACAGAGAAGAAGCUGAAGGAGGUGUGCAUGCAGGUGGAGGACGAGCGCCGCCAUUCCGACCAGUACAAGGAACAGAUGGAGAAGGCCAACUCCCGCAUGAAGCAGCUGAAGAGGCAGCUUGAGGAGGCUGAGGAGGAGGCCACACGUGCCAACGCCUACCGCAGGAAGCUGCAGAGGGAGCUGGACGAUGCAACUGAGGCCAGCGAGGGUCUCAGCCGCGAGGUCAACACACUCAAGAGCCGCCUCAGGCGUGGAGGCCCCAUCAGUUUCUCUUCCAGCCGCUCGGGCAGGCGUCAGCUGCAGGUGGAGGGAACAUCGCUCGACCUCCUAUCCGACGACGAGGUGGAAAACAAGACCACGGACGCCAAUGCCAACGAGACGCCAGCGGCUCCCCAACCAGAGUAGAAGCUCUUCCUCCAGCCCACAUGCAGCAUGGCCUCCGCCCUCACAAACCUUCCCCCUGUCCUCCUAACCCCAGACACCAGCAGUGGACCCCACUACUCUGCCUUAUCCCUCUAUGGCAAGCUGCAGGGCCAAGCAAAUCCAUCAUCUCCUCCAUAUGAAUAUACCGCACAUCAAGCCUUGGAUUCGUUUUUAACAUCAAUUACAGAUAAAAGUGCUUUUAAAUAGGAGUCUGAGUGUGCAUAGGCACUUGAAAACAAAUAGCAGGAGUUUACCAUAAUUAUGUUAAGCUACUUCCCUGGAACAGCCAUUAGAAUCAAACAGCCCUCUAGCUAGAAUUAACCACUGUCAUUUCAGCUGGUUUACUGGCACACAGGUGGACAACUGCACACAAGUCGGUAAAAACAUGUCUUUCAUGAUUGUACAGUAUUGGACCAGGAUAUGUAAAACAAAGCACAGCAUAAGCGAGGGAAUUAUUUUUAAAUGGUAGCCUAAAUGACGAUCCCACCAAAUUUUUUCAUCAAAACCACCACUGUCAUAGAGAUACUGCAAUCCACUUAGUUUACUAUAAAAAUAACUGUGAAUAACUAUUUGGUAGCAGGUUUGUAGUAAAUGAGAUUGUACCACGCCAUGUUGCCUCAGCACUUCCCCCUAUAUAUAUGACCAGCAAAAGACCCUGUUAACUUUACCAAGAUAACCUUGUCCAAUAACCCACCAUUUUAUAUUUGACAUAUCAAUCUACUUUAAGUGGUGUACAAUAAUGUGUGGAAUUAGGUUUGUCAGACUUGGAGCGAAGGCCCUUUUUUAGGAAGACAGCCCAAAUGUGUGCUUGACAUACUGCAAUAUUGCUAUGUAUAAUUCUGCCCAUACAGUUAUGUUUUCUGUACCAUGUACAAAAUGCUUAACUCAAAAUGCACAAGGUUUCUUUGGCAUCUCUUGUCACCAUAAUAUCAUUGCAUUACAAAUGGCUGAAUAAUAUUAGCAUGAUUUACAGAAGGGUAAUUCAUGUUUAUUGAUUAUAUUUUUUGAGUGUUAGAGCGUUGAUUUUAAUUCAGUGGUUCAGGAUAGAGAAAUUGAUCAAUUUGAAUAUGCACACUUGUUGAUGCCUUGAUUGUUAAACAUAAAUUUCCAUUUUGUAAAUUAGUAAAUACAUAUGAGGCCUUUAUUAAUUAUUUUAAACCAUAACAAAUUGGGGGAAAAAGAUUUAUGUUUCUUUUGAAAGACACUUCUCAAUAAAGACAUGGGUGGGGGGGAACAAGUGUAUAGUGUUUGAACCAGUUUCAUAGCUUUAGUGUCAUAUUAUACCAUAAGCACCUCUCCCAUGGUGUUGGUGUGAACCAGUGUUAUAACAGAAUGAUUUAUGGGGCCUUCUGUCUGCCAGGCAGAAAGUAGGAUUUCAUUGGGUUCAAAGCUUUAACAUCUUGAAGGUUGUUAAUUAUUAGUGGACUGGCUGUUGACGACCAGGUAUUCAUCAUCUCCUUUUAUUUCUUGUAUUCCUAGCCUUGUUUUGUUAUUGUUGUAAAAGACCAAUAAACAUAUCCAUUAUAGAAAAGUA